AUGUUUCCAUUCAUGAUUCAAGCCAUUCUUAAAGAGGAAGAGGAGGUCGUCGGAGAGAGACCCCAGUGCAGGAAACUUGCUGAUAUUCCUGCGUUUGCAAAACUCGCCAGAAACCGCCAUCUCCGCCGCCUGAAAUCUGCAACUGAGAUGGCUUCAUCUUCAGGACAGAAUAGGGUCAUUCAUUCAGGACCAGAUGAUCCUUCAUUAUUGCGGUUACAGAAUAUUCAUGUGUCUGAACAUAUUUGGGAUGGUCGGGAUCAUCCUAUUUUGAAGGUUAGGAAGAGUCAAUUUAUUCCAGCUGGUUUGGAUGGUGUUCCAGAGGAGAUUCUUCCACAUUUAGAGCUUGCAGGAUUUACUGAGAUUGCUCACGUAUGUCAGUUCCCAUUAGACCUCUCGUUGAUCACUGCAUUAGUAGAGAGAUGGAGGCCAGAGAUACACACUUUUCACUUGCCUCCAGGCGAGUGUACGAUCACUUUGCAGGAUGUAUCUGUGUUGUUAGGUUUACGAAUUGAUGGAAGACCUGUGAUAGCACCUAUUGGAGUUAAUUAUGCUGAUAUUGUUGAGGAGAGCCUAGGGAUUAGACCAUCACGUGCAGAUUUUGUUGGUAGCUUCUUAAAGACGAGUUGGCUAGACCAACAUUUUACCCAUGUGGCGAUGCAUGCACAGAAUCCUUUACAGAUCACUAGAUUUGCUAGGGCUUAUAUGUUGCGGUUGAUUGGGGGUUUUAUGUUGAGUGAUCACUCCAGCAGUAGAGUCUCAGUGAGGUACUUACCUUUACUUGAGGAUUUUGCUGUCACUAGUGAAUAUAGUUGGGGGUCUGCAGUAUUAGGAUAUUUGUAUAGAGAGUUGUGUAUGGCCACCAACAUUGAUCGGCAUGGUUUAGGUGAAUUAGCUGCAUUACUUGUGAUGUGGGCAUGGGAUAGGUUUCCAUUUCUAGGUCUUGGAAACCCGCUUCACACACGACUCCAUCUUCCAUAUGCUACUAGGUAA